UGAUACUUAAGGUCUUAGUUCUAAUCGUUAACAGCCUCCUUGAUCAACUUAGCACUGCCCCACUUUAUACUCAUCCAAGUAAAUUGACAUUUUUCAAAUGUCAAACCCUAAGAAUUAUACCGUCGGCUGGAUCUGUGCUAUACAGACCGAGUACACCGCAGCACGGCAGUUCCUUGACGAAAAUCAUGAGCAUCCGGAACAUGUAUCCCCCAAUGACAACAAUGAAUACACCCUAGGCCGUAUAGGCAGCCAUAACGUCGUGGUUGCUGUUCUUCCAGAUGGCGAGUACGGCACGAGCUCGGCAGCAAGUGUUGCGAGGGAUAUGCUUCACACGUUCCCGAACAUCAGAAUUGGUCUGAUGGUUGGCAUUGGUGGGGGUGCUCCAACUGCAAAAAGGGAUAUCCGCCUUGGCGACAUCGUGGUUAGCUCCCCCAGCAACGGUAAAGGGGGUGUAUAUCAAUACGACUACGGGAAGACUAUUCGAUCUCAGGAAUUUCAACCGACCGGAAUGCUUAACCAACCACCAUCCCUACUGCGUGGCGCAGUGAACGGCCUCAAAGCUCACUAUGAAGAAAACGGAAAUGGGCUUUCAGAAGCUGUGGAAGCCGCACUCAAGAAGAAGCCAAGGCUUAGGAAGAAAUACCAACGGCCUAACCUACAAGAUGAUCGACUCUACAAAACCGAGUUUGUCCACGCUUCAGGAAGCGAAGAGAGUUGCGCAGACGUAUGCGGUAACGACGAUUCCAGCCUGGUACGGCGACACGAGCGAACAGAAGAUGAAGACAAUACAGCUAUACACUAUGGCUUGAUUGCCUCUGCCAACAGUUUGAUGAAAGAUGCGGUCACACGUGACAAGCUUGCGGGAAAACAAGGAGUGCUAUGUUUCGAGAUGGAAGCUGCUGGUCUAAUGAACCACUUCCCAUGUCUGGUCAUCCGUGGUAUCUGCGAUUACUCCGAUUCACACAAGAACAAGGUGUGGCAGGGCUAUGCGGCUAUGACAGCGGCGGCGUAUGCCAAAGAUAUCCUUCGGCGAAUUCGACCAAACCGGAUUGAAGCUGAGCAAAAGAUUAGUGAAAUCCUCAGUAACUUUGGACAAACCCUUGAAAAAGUGCAAGCCACCGCCAAAUCAACAGAUACCGCUGUCAAAGAUAUGGGUCUAGAACGCAGAAGAGACCAACUCUACGACUGGCUAUGUCCUCCCGAUCCUUCCACAAACUACAACAAAGCAUUGGAACAACGCUACGAAGGCUCAGGCAAGUGGUUUGUUCAAGGCGAAGCAUACAGAGAAUGGAAGACACAACCAAAUUCCUUUCUUUGGCUCUAUGGUAUCCCAGGGUGUGGCAAGACAAUUUUGAGCUCUACUAUCAUCGAAGACCUUUCAAAAGCUCUCACUGAGUCUCAGCCAAUGUUGUACUUCUAUUACUCCUUCACCGACACCAGGAAGCAGUCCACAGAGAAUACAGUCCGGUCGCUUAUCUGUCAACUGUACCAGAAGAGGAAGGACGUGCAAAGGGUCGUUGACCUACUUUUUUCUUCUCAUGAGAACGGACGCAAGCAGCCAGGCUUAGAGUCACUCUAUUCAACCUUCCAGAACAUGAUUCAGCAAGCCAAUGAAGUUUGGAUCAUUCUCGACGCACUCGACGAAUGCCAGACAAGAGAAGACACUCAGGCCGAAGGGUUACUUUCAUGGUUGAGAUCUCUUGUAGCAUCAAAGGUAGCAAACGUCCACCUUCUGGUUACAAGCCGUCCAGAGCAAGAUAUCGAAUCGGCUCUAGAGACAUGGACUCAACCUGAAAACCGUGUUCCCAUACAGAGCGAUCUGAUUAUGGACGAUAUACGUGCAUAUAUCCACGCACGGGUGAGGACGUAUGAGGGCUUAAGCAGGUGGCAAUCAUCUCCUGACGUCCAGAAUGAGGUUGAGACUGCUCUCAUAGAGAAUGCGGACGGAAUGUUUCGAUGGGUUACAUGUCAACUCGAGAGCCUUGAGAAAUGUCUCGAAUAUCCUACUCUACAAAGAGCACUGGGAUCUUUACCGAAGACAUUGGACGAGACCUAUGCUCGAAUUCUAUCUAGCAUCCCCUCCGAGUAUGAGCACCACACUCGCCGGAUCUUGCAGUUCCUAACUUUCUCCGAACGGCCUCUACGGAUUGAGGAAGCUGUUGAUGCCAUUGCAGUAAAUAUUGAAGGUGGCAAAGGUUUCGACCCGAAAAACCGAAUGCCAAGACCAAGGGAGAUCUCGCGAUACUGCUCUACUUUAGUCGUGGUCGUGGCCAGGCAGAGCCCUGAGGAUGGAGAUGCUAUAACUGAGCUGCAGCUCGCGCACUUCUCAGUAAAAGAAUAUUUGACCUCAAAGAGGUUAGACCAAAGUGUGGCCAAAGAUCUCGAGGAGACUACCGCAAGAGCCUCUAUCGCAAAGCAAGAUAUUGGAUGGAGCAUGCUGCGGUUACCGAAAGAUAUUGCCUAG